AUGACGAAAAUCGUUUGCUCAGCGUUCAUUUUCGAUUUCGUCGUCCCAGAUUUUGCCGUCCGCGAAGUCGGUGUAAGAGGUAUGCGACACCUAUUUAUAUUAAUUCUCCUUAUACGUAUAUCCUUCGAAAAAGAGUCGCCAUGCAAUCCCUUCUAUGUUCGGUGGCCUCGAGUUCGGCUAAAUUUCAAGCCAGUCGCUAACGCACGGCUGUCACUUCGUGCAUGUGAGAAUGCAUGCUCGCUCGGUGAAGACCCACAAAUGCCAGGCCGAUUAUUGGAAUGUGCUGCUUUGAACCACCACCCGUCGCCUGAUGGUUAUGCCCAUCAUUGUGACGUCUUUCAACCACAUCAGCUUCAAAAUGUGGAUGGCUACGUGGAAGCAGACGAUCGCUACUCUUUCUACUGGAAGUAUUGCCUCAACACAACACGUAAAUGUGGAGGAGAGUACGCCUUUACCUAUCAUUCUGACCGCUAUAUGGACGCACGAGAUGUAACUCGAGUAGUUAAGAAAGGCAGUUUAGAAGAGUGCCUCGUCGAAUGCCUUGAUGAGAAAACUGUUCCGUGUCGCUCGAUUUCAUUCAAUCGGACAGAUGGUGGAUGUCACGUAUCAGCGGAUAGUCAGCUCACUAAACCGCAAGCAAUCCACCUUAACAAUAACCCAAAUUUCCGAAUUGAUUACUACGAAAACAACUGUUACAACUGUAAGUUAUGUGAUAAGUAA